AUGUUGUUUCUCGGAAUUCUAAUGUGGAUAAGCGCCAUACAGGCACAGGACAGUCCCGUUCUGGUGGACAACAUCCCGUUGGACUGUGGGGGGUCUAACUGGACUCUGGUAGACACGUGGUGCAUCAGAGUGUUUGACCACCGGUCAUCGUGGGUACAGGCAAACAGGAUUUGUAGAAGCUACGAAUCAAACCUGGUUGUUAUCGCUGAUCGUCAACACCAUAUCGACAUCACCGAACGCGUCAUUACUGCGCCUGGUCAUUAUUGGAUUGGUCUUAUUAUGCUACAAAAUUUGACCGGUGACCCGUGGGUAUCGGAAACUGACAUUGCAUCUCAGUUACCAUUGGACACAACUUUGGAUACCAAUGGGCUGAUAACGAAAUGGUCAAGUGGUGAGAACGGGACAGUUCUCCAGGGCUACUGGGAUAUAGGUCAACCGGACCCCUACAGGGGCAGCUGUGUGUACUUGAGGGGCGACAGCCAGUGGAGGUGGGCAGUAGGUAACUGUGAUACACCAAGGAAGUUUAUCUGUCAGUACGCAGCCUGUCACCAAGGGAGCUUUCGCUGUUCUAAUGGGGUCUGUAUCAAUGAUCAGAAGAGAUGUGAUGGCAUGGAUGAUUGUGGAGACGAUUCUGACGAGACGUCCUGUCAAAUAGUAACAGAGUCUGAUUUCGAUGAAGUGAUUGUUCUUGUUGGUGGUCGGACUGCCUUGAUGUCGGAAUACGUGGGCAGAUAUUCUGGAACCUUAACAAAUGUUCAAGUAAUUAGUCCAAAUAAUCUCCUGAUUAUCAAGUUCACCUCUGACUACUCGAAUACAUUCAAGGGAUUUACAGCCCAGUGGGAAACAGUGACACACAGCGUUCCCGUCACUGGGUUACACCUUGUGGCCAAUACGUCAUUACAGGAAAUGACAUCACCAUUUUAUCCAUCAUUUUACAUCCGUCAAUCUCUGGAAUGGAUCAUAUCACCAACGCAUGCGAGACAUGUCGUUACACUUCAGGUUGUAGACUUGGAACUGGACGAAGGCGACUACAUCGUUGUGAGACAUGACAACAUAGAUGGUGAUGUGAUGGCCGUCUAUAACUACACCGUGCGAUCAGGAAUAGUGAUUUCCGUCAAUAGCCUACACGUGAUGAUGAAAGUGAAAGCGUCCUAUUCCAGACACAUCCAUCGAGGAUUCAGGUUUAGUUACAUAGAAGGCUGUGACAUAAUACUGCAUGACGAUAAUGGGGUUGUAUUCUCCCCUGGGUAUGGGGUGGUCAGCUACCCCGCCUACCAGAACUGUUCCUGGACCAUAACUGCCGCACAAGACAGACAGCUUACUCUUCUGUUUGACAAGGACUUUCAUUUGGAGGAUGGACAUGACUUUUUGCAGGUAGAAAAAGAAUGGCUGAUUCUAAUGCAUUGGUACAUGAUAGCUUUUUCUAUUGCCUACAAGGCUGUUGCAUGA